CUUGAAAACAUUUCAGGUGGCACAGUCAAGAGGGGGCACAAUUCAAGAGAGCACACACUUCCUGGAGCUUAAACAACCCCAGCAGAAAAAAAGAAAAACAAACUAGCCAAUGGAGGCAAGAGGGUCCAAGUUCUAGCCCCACAUCCGAUGGGUCGGAUGUUUUGUCCUGGUUAUCGGGACACGUAGAGCGUGUUUUAUCUAGCAGUGCUUUCAGGGAUAUAGAGAGGCCGAUGUGCGGAGCAGCGGCAGCGGUGUGGAGUGAGCGCUGCGCGGAGGGGAGAUCCGUCGACCUCACCACCGCAAACGGCCAACAAGCGGCCUAACGUUAGCACUACCGCACACACACUCCGGGAUACCCGCAGAUGCACUCCCGUUCCCUUGUUGAAUUGACAAUCUUUGCCGUCGGUUGGCAUACUUUAUGCCCGUUUGGAGCCUCACUAGCCGCUAAGCUAACGGUUAGAUUGACAGGUUAGCUCGUUAGCCGCUAAUCAAGUUUUUAAAGUGACUUAUUUUACUCACAUCGCCGUGUGAUGCGGACCCAAUCGAGAAAAGAGGUGCUCCAGCUCCCUGCUUCGGCUUAGAAACCGCUCGGGUUUGAGGGUUGAAGCGUUUUAGGACUGUAAAGUCUUGUUUUUAAGUAUUAAUGAUUAGCUGGCUAGCGAUCUAGCGAUGUCUAUGCCCUCCGAUAUGCUGGAAACGCCACCCGUGUACCCGUUUGAGGAGAUAGAAUAUGCCGAUAUUGAGGUCGAAGAGGUGGUUGGCAGAGGGGCGUUCGGUGUUGUGUGUAAGGCCAAGUGGAAGGCUAGAGAUGUGGCCAUCAAGACUAUAGAAAGUGAAUCUGAAAGAAAUGCCUUCAUUGUUGAGCUUCGCCAACUGUCUCGUGUAAACCACCCCAACAUUGUGAAGCUGUACGGUUCCUGCAAUAACCCUGUAUGUUUGGUGAUGGAAUAUGCAGAAGGGGGUUCACUGUAUAAUGUGCUGCACGGUGCAGAGCCCCUCCCUCAUUAUACUGCAUCUCACGCCAUGAGCUGGUGCCUGCAGUGUUCUCAAGGGGUUGCCUAUCUCCACGGCAUGAAACCAAAGGCACUCAUUCACAGGGACCUUAAACCUCCCAAUCUACUCCUGGUCGCUGGAGGUACGGUACUAAAGAUCUGCGACUUCGGGACAGCGUGCGACAUUCAGACACACAUGACUAACAACAAAGGAAGUGCAGCCUGGAUGGCCCCUGAGGUGUUCGAAGGCAAUAACUACAGCGAGAAGUGUGACGUGUUCAGUUGGGGUAUCAUUCUCUGGGAGGUGAUCACUCGUCGGAAGCCCUUCGAUGAAAUUGGUGGCCCGGCUUUCCGCAUCAUGUGGGCUGUGCACCGCGGUACUCGUCCACCUCUCAUUAAGAACCUACCGAAGCACAUAGAGAGUCUAAUGACUCGAUGCUGGUCCAAAGACCCAUCACAGAGGCCUUCCAUGGAGGAGAUAGUGAAGGUUAUGUCCCACCUCAUGAAGUAUUUCCCAGGAUCAGAAGAGCCCCUUCAGUACCCCUAUCAGUAUUCAGAUGAAGGCCAGAGUAACUCUGCCACCAGCACAGGUUCAUAUGUGGACUACACAUGCACCAGGAACACGAAUGAUAUAAACAUGGAGCACACAAACUCUCCUGGCAGUAAUGACACCAUCAAGUUUCCAUAUAAACCAAAGGACCCACUGAGACCUGGUCUUCCUCUCUCCAGAGGAGGAAGUGUAGAGAGUCUUUCUGGCAGGUCGCACUGUCUGCCUUCCGACAGCAAACGAAUGAGUGCCGAUCUCUCCGAACUAGAGCCCAGAUUGUCUUUUUCCUCCACAGCACGUCCACAAUUUAAGCGAGGUCACCGUAAAACAGCAUCACAUGGCACCAUUCUGGAUAUUCCCAAGAUCAUCGUCACAGCGACCUGCGAACCUCACAGACGCAGUUCGGUGCAGGACCUUCCUGCCAUUGGUACGGAGUCCAAUCAGGAGAGCAGGAACAGUAGCAGAUCAUCCAGCCCCAGUGUGAGGAUGAUUACACCCGACAAGACAGAUACCAAUGGCUCUGAUAACUCCAUCCCUAUGGCCUACCUAACCCUGGACCACCAGCUUCAGCCUCUGGCCCCAUGUCCAAACUCCAAAGAGUCGAUGGCAGUGUUUGAGCAGCACUGUAAGAUGGCACAGGAGUAUCUGAAGGUGCAGACGGAAAUCGCUCUGCUCAUUCAGAGAAAGAAGGAGCUGAUAGCAGAACUGGACCAGGACGAGAAAGAUCAGCAGAACGCUUGUCGACUCGCUCAGGAGCACAAGAAGCUCCUGGAGGAGAACAAGAGUCUGUCAACCUACUACCAGAAAUGCAAGAAGCAACUAGAGCUGAUCCGAGCACAGCAACAGAAGAGACAGGGCACCUCAUGAACCCGCUUUAAACACACCCCCUCCCGUCAUGUAACGGAGCCAGACUGACUCUAUAGUCACAGUCCUAUUUCUAAAUUCCCCCCUGAUCCAAACAUUGGGGUAUAGCUGUAGUUUUGCCCUAAACACCCUUUAUUCUGCCUGUUAAAGCAUCUCGGCCUGGCCACUUCAUGCCCUUAUGACUCUGUGUGGUGUACGUGACUGCGAGACCCUGCGCUGAACUGCACAAACAUGCAGAUUUUACAUGUCUGUGAGUUUUACGGCAGGAUACGCAGCAGCGGGUCAGUUUAAUCCCCGCGGGUGUAGAACGUAGACGUACAGAACGCUGUAAACUGUGGUAGGAGAUCUGCAGACAGCUGGUGUUUGCCAAAUGAGCCAGCAAUCAUGUGAUAGCAAAUACUUUUCAAUUAAAAGGGGGAAACGUAUAUCGUAUGGGUUCUGAAGUCUCUAUAAGAAGUGCAGAGACGUAAAAAGAAACAUAAGCCCUCUGAAAUGUCAGUUUUUAACUCUUUCUCCAACAUCCCAGAAUUCCUUGUGAGGUUUACCUCAUUCCCUUCCAUUAGGUGUUGAUCCUUGAGAAUGUGAAAGCGGCUUUACGUUACAUAGACACAAAAGCUAAUUUUACAGGUUUUAAUUUUCGAUUCUUGUUUUAUGGCUUCCACUUAUUUUAAGUACUUAUAAACCCUUUUAUGCAAAAAAGUGCUACAGACAUCCGUUUUCUAUUUGUCUACCCUAAAAAGUGUUGUUGUCAUAAUGUCUUUAUAAGUUUAAAUCGGGGGAUGUAUCUUAUAAAUGCCUUGCAUGUCGACUCUGUGUUAAAAAGAAAACACGGGAAGAUCUGCGCGUGUAAUGCUUGUAAUCUGCUUCUUCAAACGUCCCUUUCGUCACUCUGAAAGAGGCCAGUUUAAAGACUGAGCCAAAUCUAACAAAGGGACUUGUGAGUUUAUGGGAUUGCGAGUCGUAACAUUUUAAUCAUGACUUCAGUAUUCUCGUGUUUCUUUGCUCUGUCGUGUAUCUUUAUCUAACUUGAUGGUAAUUUAUCCAGGGUUUUCAGAGAUGCUUCAUAGUUUUAUUCUGUCACUAUGACUUUAAUUUAUGUAUUAUUAGUUCACAUGAUGCCUUAGCGUUGAAUUGCUUGCAUUUACUUGACUUGUUUUGUUGUUUCGGCGCAAGCUCAAUGUAACUCGGUAUAGAAACGAGAGUGGCUUUUUUAUUAAGGCUUGCGUAUGCAAUAAGAAUGAAAUCAUGAAGGUGAUGCAUGCUGAAGAGCGGACAGAUUUUUGCCAUCAAUAUGCUGCAGAAAUCAUGAAAUCACCAUUUCUGUUCGUUAAGUUACUCAUGCCUGUAUUUAAUUUAAGUCAUGAUAUUGGUUAGAAAUCACAUAUUGUUUACUCAGCAGAAUUCCCCCCCACACCCACUCAACCCAUGUUUUGCACAAUCCAGCCAAUACUGGUGAUCACUGAUUUUGAAGAACGCUCGUUGUAAAACACAUAAGCGUGGUAAAGAAAUGGAUAUUCAAGAUCUUGUUUUCCCAGACAUCCUUGUUCUUUCUGUUCAACAGUGAAGUGGUGUAUUGUUUUUUUUUAGUUUUAUGUUCCUAAUAAGUUUCUGUAGUACUAUGUGCUGUAAAUAAGAUGUCUGAUUUCUUAAGCUAUUGGGAAUGGGAAUACACAGGUGAAGGUCGCAUCUUGAAAUAAAUCGAACCGGUAAACAUCA